ACGAACUUUGGAGUGCUCUCGUGACUAUGCUUUAACAAGAAAAAAAAUAAGUCAAAGAGGUCCAUCCGCCAACAACUACCAAACCUUUUCUUCCUCAAGACGAGGAGGGACGAGGAGAGUACUACAGCAGUCGAGCCACGGCGUGGACUCACUCUUCACUCGGGCGAUCAAGAUGAUGGUGAUGAAGAUGAAGAGUAGUAGCCUAUCAAGCAAGCAGCCUCCGCCCUCCUCUCACUAGUGAUGGCCUACUCCUCAUUCUUUUCCGACUGUUCUGACUCACUUUGCCCAGAAAACGAGUCCCAACUUCCCGAACUCCCAAGUGUUCUUCUUGCCUUCGCCAGCCAGCUAUGACAAUCACCCAUGCAUAGGAAUAGAACGAGAACAGCUUGACUGCCACCAAUAAUUGCCACCGCAAUCCAACCCUAUACCUCAUCCCGGUGGAAUCUGUGGAUGUAGUCCCAUUAGCUCCCAUGUGUGCCUGACUCUGACUCUUGGCAUUGAUUGAGGCCCAUUGUACCGCUCCAUAGUUUCUGAUCCUCAUCGGUGGUGGUCAUGCAAGUAGGCCUAUGGUGGACCAUUUCUGACCUUGAGCACCACAGCCGCUAGGCCUCUUGUUCCCUGGAAAGGCCAUCUGGGACGCUUUCCAUUGCGAGGGGACCCCGGAUGAGUCAUCUGUGCCCAAGAGAACACCGUUGGACGGGGAAAGAGGACUCGCAAGAGAGCCUGGAGGGGCUGGAGCAACGCAUGGAGUACACAUGAAGAUUUGAACCAGGGAGAAAGUCCAACUCAGCUGAGUCUUGAAUGAGUGAGAGAGAGAGAGAAGCCUGGAUCCACGAGAGACGGAGACUCAGACGGAUGGAGGUCGACAUUUCUACAACAAUCCCGUCAUGAAAGAGCCACAGCCGACAACCUACGUUCUAAAGGCCAUUAGAAGACACCCCUGGAAGUGAUUGAUUGAUUCACGAGCACCUAUUAUUUCUCUUGCUUCCCAAAGGGCCGCUGUGCUCUCGCGUCGGAUUACAUCGCAACAAACUCAGUCGAGUGUUCUCCAAAAUGUGAGUGCAAAAGCAAGCAAGCAAGCAAGCAAGCAAGCAAGCAAGCAAGAGUGUGCAUGGCCUAUUUGUUCAUGUGGAAAUCAUAAGGCGCUCCCCCAUCCAUUUUUAUCUCACUUUUCCGCCACUCCCCCAGAAUCUCUCUUUGGAUGAUUGCUUUGGGCAGCGUUAUCACCAUUGGCGGAAAAUGUCGAGCUACAUCCCGUGAACUUAAAGAUAUCGGUCCAAAUAUGAAUCAGAAAAGUAUCGACCACUGUCUGACCCGGUUACUCGAACUCGUCUAACUUGUCCAACUUGUGUCAGAUCGGACGUGAUCAUGGCUUUCUUAGAAGGCACCAAGGCCUUGGAGAAGUGGUGCAAGGUGGUCACGGCCGACUAUGAGAGUGUGAACAUCGUGAACAUGUCCACCUCGUGGAGAAAUGGCUUGGGCUUUUGUGCCAUCAUCCACCAUUUUCGACCCGAGCUCAUUGACUUCGAGAGCUUGGACGAAGACGAUAUCCUGGGCAAUAACAUCCUGGCUUUCAGUGUCGGCGAGCAGCAUCUCAGCAUUCCCGCCUUAUUGGACCCGCAGGAUAUGGUGGAAUGUGAGCUUCUGGACCGAUUGUCCAUUCUCACCUAUCUGUCUCAGUUCUAUCAAGCAUUCCACGGUGCCACGGCUCCCAGCACGGGUAAAGCCAAACGAACGGGUUCGUCCAGGUCGUCAAGUGCCACAUCAUCUCCCGUCAAAAGUCUGGCGACCUCCAAGAUGCCCAUGAUUGGCCGCAGAAAUGAGCCAUGUAAAAUGUGUGGCAAGGUGGUCUUCAUCUUGGAAAGGCUGAACGUGACCGGGAAACUGCUUCAUAGGACAUGCUUCAAGUGUGCCCGCUGCGGCACUCAGCUGAAUAUUGUCAACUAUUAUGAGACCGAGAAGGGUGAUUAUUGUUGCGAUGUGUGUCCGGAUGAGGAAACCAAUCAGGAGAAAGUGGUGGAAGCCAACAAGAGGAUGGUGAGUGAGCAUCUGGAUUCGGGACUGGAAAAUUCCAGCUCGGAAAGUGAGGAUGAGGACAAUAAUAAUUCGAAUGGGUACGUUGAUUCAGGAGGUCAUUCGACUUGCCCAAAGACAGAGAGUGAUGGCUUGGACAAUCAUGUUGCUUCGAUCACGAAGAACCUAGACGAGAACCUAAAUGUUACGCCCAAACCUAAGGCGUCAUGUCUUCCAAAUGAAAAUGAAACCUGCCAAAAUGAGAGUUCCAAGCAACAAGAGGAAGGCAAGACUGAAGUUGUUUCAGAUCAGCAAGGUACGAACGAUAAUCAUACAGAAAAUGGUGGCCAAGCUGAUGGUGGAGAAGAAGAACAUGUUGCUCUUGACAUCAAAGAACCGUCAAAGGUUGAUGACGAAGAUGUUAUAUCGAACAUAGCUGUUCAAAGUAACGUGGAGGUAUUAAAUGCUGAACGAGAUCUAGCGGCGAAGGCACUUGAUAUCAACGAUGACUCUCGUCCUGAACCUGGCGACGCUAUCAGUGCUUCUAAUAAUGCAAAUGAAUCUGAAAAUGUGCCACUCCCCCUUCUCACCAGAGUGGAGGAUAACAUGCUCCCCGAUGCUGAUGAGACUACAAGUUCGAUAAGAAGUGAUGAAGCCAACAAGCCCCAAGAAGUGAAGGAAAACAUGCCGUGUAAGAUGGUCCCACCUGAGCCUUUUACCGAAUCUGUAACUGAGCAUGUAACAGAGCCUGAAACAGAGCCUGAAACAAAGGUUACAUCAGAGCCUGAAACCGAGCCUAUAACCGAACUGGUAACAGAGGUUGCAUCUGAACCUGUAACCGAGGCUGGAAUAGAGGAGGAUGAAACAGAAGUUGUAUCUGAGCCGGUAACCAAAACUGGAACAAAGGACGAAACAGAGGUUGUGUCUGAACCUGUAACCGAAGCUGGAACAGAGGAUGCAAUCGGGGAUGCAACCGACGUUGCCGACUAUCAUGCUCACAUUGUCUCAGUACCAACCGUUCUAAUCGAAAGGAAAGCUCCUGAGGUUAUUGUCGAAGACGUUACUUUAGAACAGUCCAAAUCGAAUUUAGGUCAAGACAAUGAGGAAACCCAGAAGGUAUAUCCCGGAGAAAUGAAUCCUUUUGGAGACGAAGAUGAGAAUGAGCAGCCAUCGACUCCACAAGAAAAACCAGACAAAGAGUCCAAACCCGAAGACACGUCAACGAACCCUUUUGGAAGUGAUUUUGAGGAUUCUGAUGACGAAAAGCCCAAUAAACUAGUAACUAAUGUGUCAAAACCCGAGAUAGUGACCACUCAAGGACCCCUUGCCAAUAAUGAACCACCUCCCAAGCCGCCGCGUAUAAAUGCCAGUCUCAAUCCAUUUGGCAGUGAUUUUGAGGAGGAAGACGAUGACGAAGACAGCCAAGUCACGUAUCGCUCCUCUCGGUCGGGUUCGCUGCGAUCCCCCUCGCCCACGCCCUCAAGUGCAUCAUCAAUGCGAUCAAGAAAGAAACGGAAGGCUCCCAAGCCUCCUGGAGCCUCCUCUACCCCAAUAGCUUCACCCAGGACAUCGGUGGUAAGAGCUGGUCCAGUCCCCAGUCCCCGGGGGCUCACUCCUCGAGCUGCCAGUCCCACGCUCUCAGUGGCUUCGACAGUGUCCUUUCACAAUAAAACCCGACCCGCCCCUCCGCCUCCUCGACCCCCUCCUCCGAAAGAUCUGCCCAAGCAGAGAAAAGAUCAAGACAAUCAGAAGCGCCGAUCUCAGAUGAUUGAAACGGGUUCGAUCAGUAGCGAAUGCUCGUCUGUAACUCAAACCUCUGGCGCUCCGAGCAUUAUUCUCACGCCCCUCUCCCCUGACAAGGCCAUUGAAGGCCAAUGGAAGAAGAAGAAAGGCCCAGCUCCGCCCAGACCCAUUCCCCAGAAGCGGCAAGUGAAAAAGAUCCCGAGGAAGGCCGUUAACACGGAAUUGCACGAUAUCGAGAUCAAACAGCAAGAGCUCGAGCGUCAAGGCGUCAAGUUGGAGAAGACCAUUCGGGAGCUCUGUGACCGCAACGAUCGAGAGCGAUGCGAACAAGGAUUGGAUAUCACCGACCGGGACAGCUUGGGACCGGAGGUGGAAGACCUGAUCAUCCAGCUCUUUGAUUUGGUCAACGAAAAGAACGAUCUGUUUCGGCGACAAACCGAACUCAUUUAUAUGAAGCGCGAUCAUCGGUUAGAAGAGGAGCACGCGGACAUCGAGCAUCAGAUCCGAUUGCUCAUGGUGGAAACCCAAAAGAGUGACGAGGACAAGGCUCGAGAAGACAAGCUCAUCACCCGGUUAAUGGAGAUUGUCAGUCAGAGAAAUGAGAUCGUGGAUUGCAUGGAAAUGGACCGACUCCGGGAAUUGGAAGAGGACGAAUCCAUCGAAAUCCACAUGGGCGAAUACGCCGCCGUCAAACCCACGGUGGAUGACAAUAUCAAGAAGAAAAUGAAGAAGAAGAAAGAGAAGAAGAGCAAAAAGAAAGACAAGAACUUUGAUGCGGACAAAGACGUGGACACGAAAGAGUUUCCCAAUCACCAAUCACCCAAGGCAUCGCCCAAAAAGAUGGGUCUGGAGAAGGACAAGGCGAAGCGGCUCAAGCGCAAGAUCCUGAACACACUCUCCGUAUCCACCACAUCCUUAAGAAAGAGCUAAGUAUCCCACGCGGGACCGAGGGUCUAGUCUGCUCGUUUAGCACGUUUAUAGUAGUAGUUCUAUUUUCUGAUUGCAUUUAUAGCAACCCAAACAUACCUACACAAGACCGACGAUGAGGUUUGAAGGCCAAAUGUUCCGAAACUCAACUCAGCCACAUUUACAUCACAAGAAAAACACGCUCUGACAAUAUCGAUUUCAAGGACCCCCAUAGUGCGAGUGAACAGAAAACUCUGUGAUACACUUUUGAACCAGAUCUUCAUUGGUAAUAAGAGUUCAUCAGUUCAUCACCCACGGAUGCAUAGCGACUUACAACAAUUUGCUCUUGACCCUUGUUGACCCUGUUCCACGUGAGCUCAAUGACAUGUCCCACGGAUCGGUUGGUUCCAUAUUAUACAUAUAUAUACACACACACAAACACGAUACAAAUGUUUAAGAGUUUAAUAGCCAAUAAUAUAUCUAAGAUAAUUGCUAUUUUCACCCGA